AUGUUGUUGAAAAUGGACAUCACACUUCCUAAACUCAUAUACGAGAUGGGGAAGGAACCAUUGAAUGGAUUCAAGGCCAUAGACAAGCAUUCAGACUUCAAGUACAUCGCCAAAGUGAAGGAGAUACUCGACCCUGAGCAGUUUAAGAGAAUCGGGGAUUCUUUCUUGGGUCCAGGAAGACGAUCCACACCAUUCUGA